AAGGGUGAGGGGCGGAGAGAUGAAAGGGCCAGGUGAGGAGGGGUGUUGGGUACCUCUCACUCCAGCUUUCUCGCUCUCUCUCUCCCCCUCUUUUUAUCCCUCUCUCACUGUCGCGCGACACUAACCCUGGAAGCUGAAGAGGAGAUCCUCACCGCUGGACUUCUCCACUACAGACCCAUCAUGUCUGCUUUGGACUUUGAGUGCAACGUCAUGCCGGUGACUUCAGAGGGGAAUAUUUGAAGAUGAAACUGGACUUUGCAACUCUAAUCUCCCCCAACUUCAGAGUUCGACCUCUACCAGCAUUCCGUAACGCCAACAGAUCCAACGGUACUGCUGGAUCCCACUCUUCAGCAGGGAAGGAUGGGUGAUGGUCCCAUGAGAAUCACCUCCGCCCACAAUCCUCAUUCCAUUCUCUCAUGGAGCAUACAACCGCCUACAACCCACCGUGGAACGUCACCCACACCACCACCUGGCGUCCCAGCACCACCCAGCCUAAUGCCUCAGGACUGAGCGAGCCCCGAGAUGGACACCUCAUCCAGACGCUCGCCCUGUGCACCAUGCUCCUGAUGGACAUACUGGCCAUAGUGGGCAACUUGGCCAUCAUGACUGUCAUUGCCAGGACGCCACGGCUCCGUAAAUUCGUGUUCGUCUUCCAUCUCUGCCUGGUGGAUCUCAUCGCGGCUCUGGUGUUAAUGCCUUUGGGGAUGCUGUCAGGUCAGGGGUUUUUUAACAAGGCCCUUUGUCAGGGUUACCUGUGUCUGAGUGUAGGACUGAUCAGUGCUGCUAUCCUCACCAUCUCCGCCAUUAACGUCGAGAGGUACUACUACGUUGUUCAUCCCAUGCGCUAUGAGGUCAAAAUGACGGUGGGGCUGGUGGUUUCGGUUUUGAUUGGAAUAUGGAUCAAAGCCAUCCUCAUGUCCGCGUUCCCUUUACUCGGCUGGACACUUGAAGGAGACGAGAAAGGAUUCACGCUUGAACCAAAGUGCUGCUCACUCCACUGGGUGGAUGGAGGUCCCCAACGGCUGGUAUUCAUGGUUCUUUUUGCCCUCAUGUACUUUCUUUGUCCAGUCCUUAUCAUUUUUGUAGUGUACUGCAACAUGUUUAAGGUGGCCCGAGUGGCUGCCAUGCAGCAGGGCCCGGUUCCCACAUGGAUGGAGACUCCUCGGCCUCGCUCUGAAUCUCUGAGCAGCCGUUCCAGCAUGGCAGGCAGCCUCAGUGGAGCUCGCACCACCCCACAGAGGACUUUCAGUGGUGGUAAGGCUGCGGUGGUCCUGGUUGCCGUUGGAGGUCAGUUCCUAGGUUGCUGGCUGCCUUAUUUCUCCUUUCACCUGUACUGCGCCGUCAUGAGAUCCUCUCUGGAAUCUCUCGCACACAUGGCGCAGCUGGAAGACGUUUUCACCUGGAUUGGCUACUUCUGCUUCACCUCCAACCCCUUUUUCUACGGCUGUCUGAAUCGGCAGAUCAGGGAAGAGCUGGCCAGAAACUUGGCCUUCGUGUUCAAGUGGGGGCGUCCCGGUGAAGAGGAGCAGCUGCCCAGUCGAGAGGCUUCUAUUGAGGAGAACUUUCUCCAAUUUCUUCAGGGCACUGGCUGCAAUAUGCGGCCGAGGAAUUCCCAAAGCAUCUCCAUUCCGCAGCAGGAGGAGGAAAAUCCUCUCUCCACCGAACUCCACAGGCCAUCUGUCGACUUCCACAUUCCUGGCCAAAUCAUGGAGGAGACCUCUGAGUUCAUAGAGCACCAACAGAUGAAUGAUCUUAACGUAUCAGACAAUUGUAUCAAGACUAAAGUCGAACUGCAAGGUUGAUAUUUUCAGAUGUGAAAUCUAUAUUUAAUGUAUCAUAUAUUGUUGCUAUGUUUUACCAUUGUAACUUUUUAUACUCUGCUCAAGAAUUUGUACAUACUGUAGCUUGUUUUAAGGUUUUGGUUGGUAGUUUUCUGUCAUAUUCUUUUUUCAGGAGAAAUGUUGGAUUGAUACGAUGGCCUCAUUCCAGCAUAUUACCACUAGACAGAAACUUAUUUACAUAGAUUCAGCGACAUUUGUGGAAGCAACAAACAUGGAAGCAACAUUGUGGUGUGGAAUCUGUAUUCAAAAAAGCGUUUUAAACCAAAAGUGAUCAAUGUGACAAAUUUUUAAGGCUCCUAAUGUUAAUUCAGAAAAUAAAUGAGUAUACAAUUGGUUAAUACUCAGUGUUAUUGUAACAACCAAAUCUGGAGCAUGCACUAAUAUUGAAAAAAAAGAUUGUUUGUGUGGUGGGUAGAUUCUAACUGUUUGCGUAAAACUAUGGCUUUCCACAAUGUCAUAUUUUGUAAGAAAUUAUGUUUUUUUCCUUACAAAUGAAUAAAAAACCAUUGGAAACACA